AUCAUCACUUUCAUUUGUAUCCCCCUUUGUCACAAACACCCAAUACUAUUUCUUUUUUUGCCCUAAAAUAACCGAUGGAAUAGAAAAUUCCCCCACGACCGGCUAUUUGCUCCGGCUACAUUUCUAUAGGGCACAAUAAUUAUAUUCCCAUUCUGUCGAUGAUGAUGAAAUAACAAAAUAAUACAUCUAUAGAGCAAUCGUAAAUGAAGAGAAAUUUACAUCGAGUAUAAUCCAAUGUCAAUCACUCAUUACAAAAGUCGACUGAAGCUAUGGAGUAUUGGGUGUCGCACGACAACAAGAUUGAAGAUGAUAUGCAAGUCACAAGAUGUUGAAAAGAAACGAUUAAAGUUCUUUAACAGUGGUGUUCCAAAGAAGAAAUUUUGCAGUAGUUGCAAUUUCCUUUGCACCAUUGCAUGUUUUUCCAACAUUAAGAAAGAUACAACAUUUUCUGCAAGGUGUUAUGUUUGA